AGCAUCCGUGAAAAUGGCGAGGGACAGGAGCACGGGCGGGAUCCGAGGGGCGCCGGCGAUGCCUUUCGCGCUGUGGCUGCUGCUGCUGCUGGGGGCGGCGGCUCCCCGCGGCUGGGGGCAGCCGGUCUCCUUCCACGCCGAUGUGAACGGCUACAGCUUGCACCCGCCCUACUUCAACCUGGCCGAGGGCACCAGGAUCUCAGCCACCGCAACCUGCGGCGAGGAGGACGCCGGCGCCAAGAUCCCCAGAUCCGUGGAGGAUUUGUAUUGCAAACUCGUGGGCGGGCCCGUGGCCGGCGGCGACCCCAACCAGACCAUACAGGGGCAGUAUUGUGACAUCUGCUCAUCUUCAAACAGCAACAAAGCUCAUCCCAUCACCAAUGCUAUAGAUGGUACCGAACGUUGGUGGCAAAGCCCUCCUCUUUCACGUGGACUGGAGUUCAAUGAAGUCAACGUCACCUUAGAUCUUGGACAGCUGUUCCACGUGGCUUACGUUCUGAUCAAGUUUGCGAAUUCCCCUCGUCCAGAUCUGUGGGUGCUUGAGCGGUCAACCGAUUUUGGACUUACCUAUGAGCCUUGGCAGUACUUUGCUUCUUCCAAGAGAGAUUGCAUAGAGAAGUUUGGCCUGAAGACAGUAGAGCGAAUCACCAAAGAUGAUGAUGUCAUCUGCACCACUGAAUACUCCCGCAUUGUGCCCUUGGAGAAUGGAGAGAUUGUGGUCUCUCUGGUGAAUGGACGUCCAGGAGCCAUGAAUUUCUCCUAUUCCCCUCUCCUGAGAAAUUUUACCAAAGCGACCACCAUCCGACUGCGAUUCUUGCGGACCAACACCCUACUUGGGCAUUUGAUGGGAAAGGCCUUACGAGACCCAACCGUGACUCGGAGGUAUUACUACAGCAUCAAAGAUAUCAGCAUUGGAGGACGGUGCGUCUGCCAUGGGCACGCUGAUGUCUGCGAUGCCAAAGACCCUACAGACCCUUACAGGCUACAGUGUGACUGUCAGCACAACACCUGUGGAGGGUCAUGUGAUCACUGCUGCCCAGGUUUCAACCAGUUUCCCUGGAAACCAGCCACUACUGUCAGCGCCAAUGAAUGUGAACCCUGCAGUUGCAAUGGCCAUGCCUACGAUUGUUACUAUGACCCGGAGGUUGACCAUCACAAGGGCAGCAAAAAUCGUGAUGGCCAUUUUGAAGGAGGAGGGGUUUGCAUCGACUGUCAGCAUCACACAACAGGCAUCAACUGUGAGAGGUGCAUCCCAGGGUACUACAGAUCCCCAGAUCAUCCAGUGGAUUCACCAUACAUUUGCUAUCGUUGUAAUUGUGACUCAGACUUCACCGAUGGCACCUGUGAGGACCUGACUGGUCGCUGUUACUGCAAGCCGAACUACACGGGAGAGCUUUGUGACUCAUGUGCAGACGGUUACGUGGACUUUCCGCAUUGCUAUCCUGUGCCGGUUUUCUCUUUCAAUGACACCGGAGAGCAGGUCCUUCCAGCUGGACAGAUAAUAAACUGUGACUGCAAUGUUGCCGGGACCAGAGCGAAUGCCUGCCGGAAAGACGCGCAGCUUGGGCUGUGCUUGUGUAAACCCAACUUCCAGGGGACCCAGUGUGAUCAGUGUGCCCCUGGGUAUUAUGGACCAAGUUGCCAGCCUUGUCAGUGUUCAGGGCCUGGGAACUACGACGGUUCAUGCAACAGUGAGACGGGCCAGUGUCUCUGUCGAGGUGGAUUUGAAAGCUUCUCUUGUGAUCAGUGUGCCCCCGGCUACUUCAGCUACCCUCUGUGUCAGCUUUGUGGCUGCAGUGCUGUUGGGACAUUGCCGGAAGGCUGUGAUGCUUCUGGCAGGUGUUAUUGUAAACCUGAAUAUGACGGUCUUCAUUGUGACCGGUGCAGCUUUGGAUAUCAUUCCUACCCUCACUGCCAAGCUUGUUCCUGUGACCUCCGGGGCUCUGUGGACAAUAACUGUAGCCCGGUUGGUCAGUGUCAAUGCCACUCAAACUACAUAGGCCAUACAUGCAACCAGUGUGCAUCGGGCUUCUUUGGGUAUCCUACCUGUGCAGCUUGCCACUGUUCUACGGAAGGCUCUCUUCACGGCACAUGUGAUCAGGAGACUGGACAGUGUGCCUGCCGCCCCAGAGUGACCGGACAGCGCUGUGAUACUUGCAUCCCAGGGGCUUAUGGAUUCCCACAGUGUGAAGUGGGCACUUGUAAUCCUGCGGGGCUUGAAGAUGCAGAUCCUUCCUCGCCAAUGGGGUCCUGCAAAUGCCGGGCAUAUGUGGAAGGCUCAUCUUGUGAUAGGUGCAAGCCACUCUACUGGAAUCUGACUCCAGAUAACCCAUUUGGAUGCAUGAGCUGCCAGUGCAACACAGCGGGAACAAUUGCAGGCGUCGCAGAGUGCCAGCAAGGUGAUGGGCACUGUUUCUGCAAGCCCAACACUUGUGGCCAGUUCUGCUCAGCGUGCAAAGAAGGAUACUACAAUCUGGCGAGUGGGAAUUACUUUGGCUGUCAAGAAUGCCGGUGCAACAUUGGUGGAUCUGUUGGGCCAGUGUGCGAAGAGAGGACGGGAGCUUGCCCCUGCCGACUGAACACUCAGGGCCCCGCAUGCAACCAACCAGCUAGGGACCAUUAUAUCCCUGAUCUUCACCACCUGAAAUAUGAACUGGAAGAAGGAACUGCAGUGGAUGGGAGGCCUGUUCGCUUUGGAUACAAUCCUCUAGAAUUCGAGAAUUUCAGCUGGAGGGGAUACGCCCAAAUGUCUUCCAUCCAGCCCAAGGUAGUGGUGACCCUCAGUGUGACCUCCCCUGACCUGUUCCGCCUCGUCUUCCGCCACGCCAACCGGGGGCCUGCAAAUGUGGAAGGGAGGGUCUCAGUCCUUGAGGAAGGAAAGUUUAAUGUUUGUGGCAACUGUACAGAGCAGACCAAGCAGAUUGUGUUUGUACCCAGCAAGGAGCCAGCAUUCGUCACGGUCCCUCGGAACAGCUUUGGAGAGCCCUUCGUACUGAGCCCCAGUAUGUGGUCCCUGAUCAUUGAAGCGGAGGGGGUUUUGCUGGAUUACCUGGUCUUGCUGCCCAGUUCGUACUACGAGGCUCGUAUUUUGCAGGUGAAAGUCUCGGAGCCUUGUACCUACAACCCGUCUCCAGAACAAGCUGGUCUAAACUGCCUCCUGUAUAAGUACUUGCCUGUGGAGCGGUUCCCCUUUGGGUCAGGUGAAGACGCUGUGUGCAGAUGGGACAACAAUUUACCAAAACCCUGUCCUAGGGAGCAGGUCACCCUUUCGUACCCUGAGAUGGUGUUAUGUAGUGGCAGUGAUGUGGAAGUUCACCUACGGAUCACCGUUCCCCAUCCCGGGAGGUACAUGCUCCUAGUGGAGUACGCCAAUGCGGACCCUCUGCAGACGAUUGAUGUAUCAGUGAGCUCACCGCAGCACGCUGUUCAGCCAGGCACUCUUGCUGUGUACACUUGCGAGUACAGUUUCCUUUGCCGUGGGAUGGUUUUAGAUCCGCUGAAUCGCUUGGUGGCUUUUGACUUGGUCACGGAGGCUACGGUUCGGCUCGCUGCGGAUAGGACUCGUUUCUUCCUGUAUAAAGUGUACCUUGUACCCUAUGACCAAUUUACCAUGGAGUUUGUGGAGCCAAAGGUCCACUGCAUCAGUGUCCACGGAAUAUUUGCACCUAAUAGCAGCUCCUGUGUCCCGUCAAGGUAUCCAAAGAUCUCACAGUCGGUUACCCUGGAGGAAGCGCAGUUGCUGCCAGUCACUCCAGGCUUCCCCCUCAUCCAUGCCUUCAGCAUCCCCCCAGUUAGCAUCCCUCCGACACCACAGCUGCGACCUCCGACCUUGCUGGACUCUUCUGCCGAGCUCAUCCUGCUAGAGGCUCCGCAGACAACCAUUGCGUUAAAUGGCCGCAUCCAGAGCCUGGGACGCUACGCCUUCAUUCUGCACUGCUACCAGCCCAGUCAUCCAACUUUCCCCAUCGAAGUGUUGAUCAACGGUGGCCGGAUUUGGCAGGGUCAAGCUAAUGCCACUUUCUGUCCACAUGGCUAUGGUUGCCGGAGCCUGGUGGUUUCUGAGAACCAGAUUGUCCUGGACGUUACGGAUAAUGACCUGAGCGUGAUCAUCCGCGUACCGGAGAACCGACAUCUUUGGCUGGAUUACAUCCUCGUGGUUCCUGAGGACAGUUACGACUCCAGCUAUCUUGUAGAGGAACCCCUAGACAAAUCCUAUGAUUUCAUCAGCAACUGUGGCGUCAACAGCUUCUAUAUCAACCCGGUGACAUCAUCCAGAUUCUGCCAGGACUCUACUGUCUCCAUCUCUCUCUUUUACAACAACGGGGCCCAGCCGUGCCACUGCCAUGAAGCAGGUGCUGUCCGGAGCCAGUGUGAGCCGUUUGGCGGCCAGUGCUCUUGCAAGGCCAACAUCAUUGGGCGAGAGUGUUCCCGCUGUGCCACGGGCUACUGGGGCUUCCCCAGCUGCAGGCCCUGCGACUGCGGGACUCGUCUUUGCGAUGAGCUGACGGGGCAGUGCAUCUGCCCGCCGCGCACCAUCAAGCCAGAGUGCAUCGUCUGCGAGCCCCACACCUUCGGCUGCCAUCCAUUGGUGGGCUGCGAGGACUGCAAUUGUUCUCACGCCGGCAUCCAAGACCUGACAGAGCUGGGAUGUAACACAGACAGUGGACAGUGCAGGUGCAAGCCCAACAUCAUGGGACGGCAGUGUGACCUCUGUGCCCCAGGCUACUAUGGGUACCCAAACUGCAGGCCUUGUGACUGUCACCGAGCAGGGACAAAAGCAGACGUGUGCGAUCCGGUCACUGGCCAGUGUCACUGCAAGGAAAACGUGGAAGGACCAAGGUGCGACCAGUGCCAUCUGGGGACCUUCUCUCUGGAUGCAAACAACCCCAACGGCUGCACCCGGUGCUUCUGCUUUGGGGCAACGGACCGCUGUCACAGCACCGAGAAGUACCGCGUGCAGUUUAUUGACAUGAGCGGGUGGAGCUUGCUAAGUGGAGACCGCCAGGAAGUACCCACCUCAGUCAGCCUGGAGGAGGAAGUGGUUCGUGCUGAUCUCAGGAAUUUCCCCGAGGCCUUCCAGGAACUUUAUUGGCACGCUCCCAGCUCCUACCUUGGAGACAAGGUUUCCUCCUAUGGUGGAUACUUGCGCUAUGAGCUGCAUUCAGACACUCGGAGGGGUGACGUGUUCAUACCAAUGGAAUUCCGGCCUGAUGUUAUCCUCAAGGGGAACCAAAUGAGCAUUAUGUUUCUUGAAGGCACCUACCCCAUCCCUGGAGAAGUCUAUGAAGGGAAACUCCAGCUUGUAGAGGGUCACUUCAGACAUACCGAGACACACAACCCUGUUUCCCGGGAAGAGCUGAUGAUGGUUUUGGCGAACCUGGAACAGCUGCAGAUCCGGGCGCUGUUCUCCCAGAUCUCCUCCUCAGUGUCCCUGCAUCGGCCAACACUGGAGACUGUGUCAGAGACGGGCGGGGGCGUCCAAGCCAGCAAUGUGGAGCUCUGCAUGUGCCCGGCCAAUUACAGAGGAGAUUCCUGCCAGGAGUGUGCCCCGGGCUAUUACAGAGACACCAAGGGGCUCUUCCUGGGGAAAUGUGUUCCGUGUAAUUGCAACGGCAAUUCAGAUCAAUGCCUCUCAGGGUCUGGAAUCUGCAUUAACUGCCAUUACAACACAGAGGGCGAUCGCUGCGAGAGGUGUAAGGAUGGUUUUGUGGCGAACUCUUCACUCGAUGGAUCUCUGCAGUGCAUCGGAUGCCCUUGUCCUCUUUCGGUUGCUUCUAACAACUUUGACAUUGGUUGUGUCCACAAAGGCUCUACCACUCAGUGUCUCUGCAAGCCCGGCUACGCUGGAGUUUCUUGUGAACGGUGUGCUCCAGGUUACUACGGGAACCCUUUAGUGAUUGGAAGUACCUGCCAGCCUUGUAACUGCAAUGGGAACACCGACCCCAACAUGCUCUUCAGUGACUGUAACUCAUUGGACGGAUCCUGUACGGGCUGCAUGCACCACACAGCAGGGCGCCAGUGUGAACUGUGUGCUCCCGGUUAUUUUGGCGAUGCAGUAUUUGCAAAGAACUGCUCUGAAUGCCACUGUAUGUCAUGUGGGACUGAAUCAUGUGAUCCUAGGACUGGCCAGUGUCUCUGUAAGCCCGGAGUGACAGGUCAGCGCUGUGACCGCUGCCAGGAAGGGUACUACGGCUAUGAAUCAUGCGCUGGCUGCCAGAGGUGUGAGUGCGAUGCUGGGGCUGUGGGCUCAGACUGCCACCCUCAGAGUGGCCAGUGCAGCUGCAAACCGGGCGUGACGGGCUCCCGUUGCCAGCAGUGCGUCCCGGGCUACUGGGGGCUCAGCACCAACGGCUGCAUGAAAUGUCACUGCAAAGGAGGCUCCUGCAACCCCCGGACGGGAGAGUGCACCUGCUCCAAUGGACUGACAGGGAGGCAGUGUGACACGUGCAUGAAGCAGCAUGAGAUCCCUGUGGUGGACGGCCCGGACAUCAUGAGAUGUGAAGCUUGCGACAGCUGCGUUCUGCUCCUGCUGGAAGACCUGCAGAAGAUUGAAGACUCUUUCCCUGCUCUGAGGCACCAGUUGACCAACCUCAAUGGGACCUCCAUUGCCUGGGCCCGUCUACACAGCAUCAACGGUUCCAUGCAAACCGUCACUAACCACCUGCGUGAGUAUCAGAGGUCCAUCAACAGGGCCAGGCAACAGGCGGACGAACUGGAAGAAGAGAACAUGGACUUCAUUCAAGAUUUGAAUGCCCUUCAACACAAGGCAACUAUGACCCAUCGAAAAGCAAAUCAAGUGACCGAAAGUACAGAAGAAAGCUACCAACAGGCAGAGAACCUUAUUCUGGACAUGCAAAGCAUUCAGAACAAAAUUGAUGAUCUUAUAUAUCAGACGGAGACUGUUGCCGCUGCAAAUGCCAGCGCUGCCUCCAAAGAGGAGUUUCGGCAGAAGCUAGCCGAGGUGGACAUGAUGCUGAGGCAAAUGAAAAGCAGGGAUUUUAGCAUCCAAAGAGCAGUAGCCGCUGAAGAGCACGAAGAAGCUCAGAAAUUGCUGCAUCGCGUGAAAUCUGAGCUAUUCAGCAAACUGGAGUCCAACCAAGAACUGGUGGACAGCAUCACCGACAGGUUGGAUCGGUACAGCUCGGAGCUCAUGGACCUGCGAGAUGCCCUGAACGAAGCUGUCAACAAGACCCGUCAGACAGAGGACCUCAAUAGCCUAAAUCGGAAUCACCUGGAGGAAUACCAGCAAAAGAGCCGGGAGCUGCAGGAACAGCAUUGCAUGAUUCAGGACGUCUUACACAUGGCGGAGGACUUCCUGGCCCAGGUCUCUGAUCUCCUGCAGAAAAUCGAUGACAUCACAGAGGAGUCUGAGAAAGCUGCAGCUGAGCUCGAUGGGGCCAAAUAUCCCCUCUCGCAGAAGGCCAAGGAGUACUCUCUCACGAGCGAUAAGAUCCCCAUUGUCGAGGAAGCCGAGAACCGAUCCAGACUCCUGGAUGAACUGGCACGAAACCUGUCCAGCAUCAUCCACGGCACAAACCAGAACGGGUUUAUUCAGCGAGCGAUCAACGCCUCCAACGCCUACGCCAGCAUCAUCGAAGCAGUCAAGGAUGCCGAGAACGCGGCCAACAAAGCCAACCGUGCGGCCGGUGAAGCUUUGACGAGCGUCAUCCUGGAUGAUCUUGGAACCAAGUCCAAAGAGAUGAAGAGAAACAGCAAUGCCUUGGAAGAAGCCGUGAAGAGAGAGCAGAAGAAACUCAACGAAGAGAUCAAGAGGGCACUGCAGGCAGCCAAAAACAGAUUGGCUGAUGUCCGAACAAAGAAGGACCAACUUCUGACCCAGCUGCAGUCCGAGAGGAGCAAGUUGGAUGCGGUCCAAGAUGGCACCACCGAGGCAAUACAGAAUGCCAAGGACGUUGCCGCCAAGGCCAAUGAGACAGCUGCCAAGGUGGAAGGGAGACUGAGCAGCAUGAAAAAUGAUCUGGACAGGUGGAAAGAGCAAUAUGGAGACCUGAAGAAUGAAGACUUAGAGCAGGCGGUUGAAGAUGCCAAGAACACUGUGUCAAGCCUGGAAAGCUCCCUCCCCCUGCUCCUGGGCAAGCUGAGCAGCCUGGAGAACAGGAAGAGCCACAACGCGACCGUUUCGGACAAUAUCCUGCGGGUGCGCAAGCUGAUAUCCUUGGCCCGGAACGCUGUCAGCAAGAUCAAAGUCCCGGUGAAAUUCAACGGCACUUCAGGCGUGCAGGUCCGGACUCCCAGCAACCUCCAGGAUAUGUCUGCCUACACGUCCCUCAAAUUCUACAUACAGAAUCCGGAGGCCAGGUCGAGACAGAGGCGUCAAAACGGAGAUGACCAAGGGCGCUUUGUAUUUUACCUAGGACACAGGGAUGCCACCGGCGACUACAUGGGUGUCAUCCUGAAAGACCACAAGGUGCAGUGCAUCUAUAAGCUGGGGGAUGAGGAGCCAACGCAUUUAACCGUCGACGAAGAGAUCGGGGAACAGUUUGCAGCUGUCAGCAUCAACAGGAUUCUGCAGUACGGACACAUGUCGGUGACCAUGGAGAAGCAAACCUUGCACGAGACCAAAGGGGACAGCGUGGCCCAAGGAGAGCACGGGCUGUUCAACUUCAGGCCCCACAACGUGGUCUUGUACGUGGGCGGCUACCCCUCCAGCUUCACGCCUCCUCCACCCCUGCGCUAUCCUAACUACCGGGGCUGUAUAGAGAUGGGUUCCCUCAACGAAGAAGUCAUGAGCCUGUACAACUUCCAGCGCACCUUCCACCUGGACACUGCAGCCGAGAGGCCCUGCACAAGGUCAAAAUCAGCAGGCGAUCCCUGGCUAACAGACGGUUCCUAUUUUGACGGCACGGGCUAUGCAGAAAUCGUCUUUGAGAGUCAGAUUAGUUCCGUCAAGCGCUUUGAGCAAGAGAUUCGACUGGUGUCCCACAAUGGGAUCCUUUUCUACCUGAAAUACGAGGGCCAGAUGCUGUGCUUGGCCGUUCAGGACGGAAAGCUGGUGCUCUACUAUGACUUCACCGGAGAAGUUCAGAUGGCACCACCCUUCAAGGACCCUGAAACUCUGGCCAUCAGCAGCAACACAAACAAAGGGAUCCAUAUUUUCCUCUUCAAACGUGCCAACAAGGAUCUGAUUCUGGUGCGUCUGGAGCAAUCCACCAUCUUCACGCUGGAGCACGAAAACACUUUACAAAAUGCCACUUCCUAUUACCUGGGUGGUGUACCUGUGUCCAUUUUGCCCGAGAGCUUGAAGAAGAAAUUCCCCAAAGGCGGAUCCAUCCGGGGCUGCAUGAAAGGCUUGAAGGCUCAUGGCAAAUACGUGGAUUUAAAGCGUAUGAACACCACGGGAGUGAGUUAUGGGUGUACCUCGGACCUCCUGGUGGCUCGCUCAGUUAAACUCCACGGUCACGGCUUCCUGACCCUGUCGCUGCCGAACGUCCCCUCUUUACAAGACUUCUACACCGGCUUCAGCUUCCGCACCAGCCAGAGCCAUGGCUUGAUGUACCACCAUGCUACAGGGGAAGGGGUCUGCCAGGUGUCCUUGAAGAACGGCAGGGUGGCCGUGAACGUCCUGGCGACAGAACUGACCACAAAGGACGCGUAUGCAGACGACACGAGCCACUAUGUUGCCAUCUACAGCGACUCCGCAGGGGUCCGGGUUUACAUUGACGACCAGCUCCAAGGGACCAAGCCAGGGGCCGAUCGCCACCGAAGGCAGAAGCCGCCGGAGGAGCGGGUGCCGUUCCACCUGGGCGGAAUGCCUCAGCUCAGCGAAAUGGGCAACCUCUCUGGCUGCAUCGGGAACGUCUUUGUCAGACGGAAACUGGACCCACAGGUCGUCGUGGACCUUCAGCAGAGCACGGAGAGCGUCAACGUGACCAUGAACUGUCCCCGGGAUCGGCAGCCACAGGAAAUGAGGGCGUCAGAGAAGAAGGACAAAUGGAAACCCAAGGUGGUGGGCACGGCUGUGCUGAAGGACGAGACUUGCCAGCUACCCAAACACCCCAGAACCAUCAAAGGUUCCUUCCAGUUCGGGGGCUCCUCAGUGAGCCGUUUGGAAUUCGAUGACGUCCCAGCAACAUUCCAAGAGAGGUUCCACUUUUCCAUGGAGGUCCGGCUGAACUCCUCCAACGGCUUGCUCUUCUACGUGGCCGGCGAGUCCCAAGACUCUUUCUUCUCCCUUUUCGUCUCCGGUGGCCGCCUGGUGCUCUUGGCCGACAUCGGCGGGAAUAAAGUCAGGCUCCGGAGCAAGGACAAGUUCCGUGACGGAAGGUGGCACACGGUCUUCUUCAGCAGAGACAGACGCAAAGUUCAGCUCACCGUUGAUGGGCUGAGAGCCCACGGGAAGUCGCUGCCCACUGCUGGAGACUUCUGGAUCUCUGGCCCUUUUUACAUAGGUGGGGCACCUGUGGAGAAAGCCAAAGCUCAUAUACCGGACGCUUCUGCCACCAGCUUUAACGGCUGCCUCAGGCACUUGAAGCUGGACAGGAAACCCCUGGAUUCCCCAUCCCGUGUGUUUGGUGUGACCCCCUGCUACGUGGGGACUUUGGAAAGCGGCAUCUUUUUCUCCGUGGAGGGAGGAUACAUCACCCUAGAUGGGUAUGUGGCCAUCGGGCAGGACUUUGAGUUGAUGCUGGAAAUCCGCCCACGAAGCAUGUCGGGUCUGAUAUUUCACAUUGGCACAAGACCAACAAACUACCUCAGGCUGUACACAGACAGUGAACAGGUCACUGUGGUUGCAAACACUGGUGCUGGGGAAUUCUCUGCCUCCGUGACCCGUCCUUCGCUCUGUGACGGCCAGUGGCACACAAUUGCAGUUAUCAAGAGCAGCAACGUGAUCCAGGUCGAUGUGGACACAGAGGGAAAUUACACAGUGGGCCCCAACCAGGUCCUCCCCACGACCGUCAAGGAGAAUUUCUACCUCGGUGGAAUGCCAGAAGCAGCCACCCAUAGUGGUCUCGCUUCACCUGCGCCUCCGGUCCCGCCUUACGUUGGCUGCAUGAAGAACCUGGUGAUGAACAGGAACCAAAUCAACCUGCCGCAAGCUGGGACCACCAGGGGUUCAGUAGGGCUAAGAGGUUGCCCUGCGAUGUAAAAAACAAAACAAUUGCACACCAGCAUUGGCAAAACGAAAAAAAAUGCUGCACCUCUCCAGAAGGCCCCUGGAUUUGCUUUGCCAUCUGCACGUGCAGGUGGGCCCACAGCUGUCUAGCGGAGAGACUGAAGGUUUCCUGAUUUUUGAUUGGUUCCCUAUAUGUGUCAGCAGUGAGAUAUUCCGAGGAGCGCAGGGGCUCGGGUGUUGCUGAAACAAGAAGAGCUCAGCUGUGAAAUGCUAAGUGGGCAGCCAUCUUUGUGCCUCUUGGCAAUUGCUUCUCCAUACCCAUCUCAAGUGCAUUUUUGCUGGUAACAGUCACCAAAAGCCUAACAGGUGAAGGAGAAUGAAACAUGGGUAGUUCUGUGUACUGUAAGAGCAGCGCAAUGGGUAGAAGUUGCAUGGGGUGUCUGCCUUCACAGCUCGCUACCCAUUAUAAAACAAAUCACACGCUUAGGGGGGAAGAUGGCGAAGCAGACGAAUAUAAACACACACACACCCCUAAACUCAUUGCGGUGAGAUUGGAAAGCUUCAUACAUUCCUUAGUAAAACUCCCAGCCUGUCUGUUAGCUCUUCAAGGACAAAAAUCGUAAAGGUAUCUUCUCCAGGCAAGGAAGCAGGCUAACCGGCCUUGGCUGUUGUCCCAUUAAAUAUCUGGCUCUGGCUUAACGUCCCCCAAAUCCUCUCACAAUCACUAAUUUUCACAGCCCUUUCAACAUAUAUGGUUCACUUGUGCACUUAGACAUGUUCUUAAAUAUAUUUGUGUGUGUAUAUAUCUCCUCACAUGGGACAAGAUAUUGGUUCUGAAUUGAACUGUGUAACUUAUCAAUAUACUGGUUUUUUUAAAAAAAAACACACAACAAUUCUGGGGUAAAUAUUGUAAAAUGGGUUUUUAACAAGUCUUGUUUUCUUUCAACCAUGUAAUUAUUUUGUUUUCAAGCUGAAUUAAGGGAUGAAUCUGUAAAUCACUGGUACAUACUUUUGAUUCAAAUAAAAAUUUAUGGUCUAUACUUUGUACAAACUGGGGAAGUGUGUUUUUUGUGCAGUAUACAGGAGGAACAGCAUUAAAGUGAGUCAAGUGACCCUGAAGAACAGCUUCAAGUCUUGGGAGGUCUAUAAUUCUAAUUAAGCUAGAUGUAAGGGGGAUGAAGCAUUUCAGUUAUUGAAAAUCACUGACUUUAGAAAAACAGCCUAGAAGCUUCUUUUUAGGGCUAAAAAUACCCAUCCAGGGAGGG